GUCAAAUAGGUAAAGCACAUGACAGCAAAGAAGACGGAGCCGGGUUAAUGUAUCGGAACUUACCUUACCUACACUUAUUUAUUACCCUCGGACUCGGACGUCUAAACAUUAUGCUUAUAUUUAUUCGCUUCAAAUGUUAGACUUCUUGACCAACUUCGAAAUUCUUGCAUUAAUAAAAAUACCGCUGAAUGCUUGUGGGACCAUGAAGUUGAAUAGAUAAAUGAAAGUAAAAGAUAGACGAUGGAGAUAGAUUCGGUGAGAGUCGAGUCGAGUCUGUGGAUCGGUAAUAAGCGGUACAGGGCUUUCCUAAACGGAUGGUACUUCAGCUGGACUGAGAUCGACAAGAGGAACCGGGAGCAGGAAACAAUUUCAGUGCCAGUGUCAGAGGUGAUUGGGGUGAAGGAGGGUCGAAUCGAGAUCCAACCCCAGAAGAAAGUAGAAGACACUGACCUUGAUUUUACAUUAUUCUAUGUGAAGCGCAGCAGCAAAGGAAACGGUAUUGGAGCACCGUGGAGUCUGGGCAGGACCCAGUUCUGCUGUCCAAGCCGGGGUGUCCGGGAUCAAUGGAUCACUCAACUCCAAACCGCACUCAAAACCCACAGCCCCUCGCGUCCUCACAGGUUGUUGGUGUUCAUUAAUCCUUUCGGAGGAAAGAAGAGGGGGAAACAGAUCUUUCACUCUCUAGUGGCCCCUCUGUUUGAGCUGGCUGGCAUCAGCUCUCAUGUUGUGGUGACUGAACGUGCAAAUCAGGCCAGAGACUACAUCCUGAAGAAAGACUUAACAGGGUUUGAUGGAGUCAUAUGCGUGGGUGGAGACGGCAUGUUCAGUGAGCUGCUGCACGGCGUGAUUGGACGAACCCAGAAGGAGGCGGGAAUUUCAGAACACGAGCCGACUGUAAUGCUGCAGCCGUGUGACCUCCACAUUGGCAUUAUUCCAGCAGGCUCUACAGAUUGUGUGUGUUUCACUACCAUAGGCAUAAAUGACCCUGUGACAUCGACGCUGCACAUCAUCAUUGGAGACUCUCAGCCUCUGGAUGUGUGUUCUGUCCAUUAUCAGUCAACACUGGUGCGUUAUUCAGUCUCUAUGGUGGGUUAUGGUUUUUAUGGAGAUGUUUUGGCAGAGAGCGAGAGGCACCGCUGGAUGGGCCCUCUUAGAUAUGAUUAUUCAGGUUGUAUGGUGUAUUUGUGUAACAGGAGCUAUCCGGGACUAGUGCAAUAUCUCCCUGCUGAUUCCCAUAUCUCCAGCCCAAGGGACAACACUCGCUGCCUCUCAGGGUGCAGAGUAUGUUCAGAGAGCAAAGAGAGGCUGUUCCCUCACUUUGACAGCUCCAGUUCCCUCUACAGCACUAAUGUGAGCCAAUACAGCAGUGAGUUGGAGGGUGAGUGGGUGACUGUUGAAGGCAGGUUCAAGUGCAUCUCUCUCGCCUGUAUUUCAAGCUCAUGUCCACGGAGCCCAAAGGGUCUUUCGCCAUCCGCUCACUUGGCCGACGGGACGGCAGACCUCAUCCUGGUGCGAGAAACAAACCCUCUGGGCUUUCUCACGUAUCUUCACAGGCACACAAACACGCAGGAUCAGUUUGACCUGCCCUUUGUUGAAGUUCAUCGUGUCAAGGCUGUUCGGUUUUCUCAACCCCCUGGAGAAGAAGAAGAAGAGGAGGAGGAGUAUGAGGAGGGUGAUCGAGAAAUUCAGGCCUCCGCUGAGAGAGUGCUGGAGGAUCCUGAGAAACUGAGCAGUAGUAAAGCUGCAGGUCACUCACAGCAGCAUCUUGCAGGGAGGAAGGAGAGAGGAAAUGUGACAACGAGUAGAGUAAAGAGACGAGGCUUCGUGUGUUGGCCCUGCUGCACUAAACCUCGCUCGAUAUCAGUGUGGAACUGCGAUGGAGAAAUUCUACCUCACACCGAGAUCUCAUGCAGGUAUUAAGAUCAGU